AUGAGAGAUUGUUGUUGUGGUGAUGGUAGGGAAGGUUGUCCGAUCGGGCCUGGCUUCACCCUCUCCAAGGUUUUUUCGCUGACACCACUCCUGGCUAACAAUAAGGAUAAAUGGGGUCUAGCCCUCGACGGGCAGCUCAAACACGAAGACACUAACUUGGCCUCGAGCACUCUAGUUGCUGAUCCUUCCCAAAGGGAAAAUCUUGGAAUCAUUGUGCAGUAUAAAGUGAAAGUGAAAUUGUGUUUAGGAGCACUCGGCGGGGACUUGGUCGCUGAAUUGCCAUUUAUUCUGAUGCACCCAAAACCAGAAGAAGAGUCAAGUCUGCAGCCAACUGAAGCUGAUGCUGCUCAGGAAGACGCUCCGAUGGUUGUCGAUACUAAUCUUAUUCAAUUGGACACGGAUGAUAAUUUUGUUGGAGGCGAUGCUGAUGAUGACAUAAUAUUUGAAGAUUUUGCUCGGCUUAGACUCAAAGCUGGUGAAAGUGAAGCCUAAUUAUCUUGUACAAUUUCAUCUGUAAAUUGUUGUUAUUUGUUAGUUAUUUAUCUGUCAGAUACCUUUGUUAUUUUAAUUAUUACACAAGUAUUAGCAUUUGAUAUUCCUUUUAUUGUGUGUGUAUUACAUUACACAUUACACAUAGCCGCUUCGAUGUGGCUUUAUUUGGAAAUUAUAAAUAUAUAUAUAAAUUAAUCUAUAGUAUUAUGAGGGAAGUGUUGAAUUCGGCACUAAAAUGUCAAAUGAAGCAUUUAAUGUGUAUUAUAAUUACGUCGUCAAGGGGAAUUCCCUCUAGGGCAUUUAAAUGAUAUUUUCUAAUUUAUAUAUUUUUAUGAGAUUGUACAAAUAUUAGUUUCAGAUCCAUAGCUUUAGUGAAGUUGAAGAAUUCGAACGGUCAAUGUUUUCAUGAUAUUAUGUCAUCUUUUUUUCUUAAUUAUGUAUUUUUAAUUAUUUAAUUUCACAGGUUUGCAUUUUCUGCAUUCCAAAUAAUUUUUAUUAUUGAAUUCUAGUCCCAAUUUUUCCUCUGGUUAAAAGGCAUUAUAUUUAUUUCAACUAAUUCUACACUGGCAAUUAUAAAAAUGUCAAAUUCAAUGCCUCUGAGCAGUUGUGUUUAUCUCUUAUCUUCACUUGUUUUAGAUGGAUAUUUGAAUUUAGAUAAUCUUUGAUCAAUAAUUGAUUUAUUUUUCUAAAUAUAAGAAGUUAUCGCUUUUCUGUCCAAAGAUUUACUUUUUUUAAUUGGAAGAUAUUCUAAUGUGAUGAAUGUCUGUACGUGACAACCAAUUGAAAUUAUUUCAUGGUAUUUAGUUUUAAUAAUAGUCACGGCAUAUCCCAAAGAUAAUUACCUAGUAAGUCGUUUCUCAGCUAUUUUUGUUAACCAUAAGAGUUAUUUGUACUCUAAUGAAAAUGGGAAAGAUACGUUGUAACUUGUACAAGAUAUGUGUAAGUAUAUCUAAAUUUUAACUGUGUAAAAAUUCAAUUAGGGCUGUAUUUUGCUUAUUAAUUUUAAAUAUUUGAAUACGCAGCAGAACAUAAUACUCUAUUAACCAUGUUAAACGUGUAUAUUUGUAUGGUACGUAGUCGAUGUGUUUGUUAGCAAUGUCUUUAAUUUAUAUACUGAUAUUUGGUAUUAUACAGUUGUAUCACUUCUCAUGUUAUAUAUAUUUAUUUUAAAUUUAAGCUAUGUUCUUUUUAUUAUAAAAAUAAAUAUAUCUAUUUAAGGUAUAUAAUAAUUUCUGUAAUAUUACACUUGAAAGUAAUUUUAACAUGUUUUUCACUGUCGAAUUGGUUCCUUUGUGAAUAUAGUUUUUGUAGCACAAUUUUUCUAUUGAAAAUGCAAUAACUGUCUUCUAAACAUUACAUUGAACACAAAUUAAUAUUAAAUUAUUUGUAUAAAUAAUGUACCAAUACAGAAAAAUUAUCGAUGUCAGCUAUGAAGUAUUUUAUAUUCAGUCACUUGUUAACUUGAAUGUAAUGAAAAAUAAACACUCACUCCUACAUCAUAGAUAUUUCAUUAAUGAUCAUAUUUUUUUUUUUUUAAUUUAUUUGUUGUCUAGUUAAACAGAAUAUAAACACAGCGAUUGUUACAUGUAAGGAAAGGUAGAUGGCUGUACUCCUAGUUUGUGGUCAUCAUUCAACUAAAUUUCACGGUCUACCAUCUCUACAUCGGAACUCAGUUCAACAACUUGCCUUACAUCGUUACCUUCUCAUAUUCCGUAUAACAUUUUUUUAAAAAGUAUAUAUAGCAUAUAUAACAUUUUUAAAAAAUAGCUAAGUUGAUCAUGUCUGAGUUGAGAAGAAAAAUUGAAUAUUUUUCCUUGCACAUUCGAUUAAUAAUUCUUCCACAUCCAUAGCAUAUUUUACUCUGAACCAAAAUAAAAUAAUUUGAGAGGUUGUGCAGUGAAAAUAAGUGGAAAAAAAGGAUGACUCAGAGGAACAAAACCCCACAGUUGUGUGACGGUGGUGGAGGAAGCUGAGCCUAGCGGAGUCAGCUUUCAAAACUGAACCUCAGCCGACGCAAAGCUGACCCUUGCUACGCUGCUCAGCUUCUGGUGGCCGGCCUCUCAUUGAAAACCUUUGGUUGUUUUGGAAGCUGAUUCAGCUCAGCUCCGCUGUGCUUUUGGUGGCUGGUCGGCCUUAAACCAAAUUUUAAAGUAGGUCCACAUUUUAGGUGAAAUUUUCUCUUAAAAUAAUUUCAUUACCUAUUUAAAUUUUUAACAUGACAGGAUUAGAAUGAUCAAUAGACAAACAAUAGUUUUGGUUUUUCUUCAGAAAGUGAUUGUUUUGUAAAUAUACUUUAAUUGUUUAUAUAUAUAUAUAUAUAGUUCUGACUUUUGAAAAUAAAUAAAUAAUGAUUAAAAUUUCUGUCUCUGUUU